AUGACUACUGUGGCUGCUAAAAGAGUAUGUUGGCUUGGAUUCAUUGAGCUAUCUGAUGGCAUUUCUGUCCCUACAAAGAGACAACAAAACAACGAAAACGAGGCUGUUAAGGGCCCCUUAGCUAGUUUGGUGAGUAUUAUACCUGAGAGGCCCUGUAAGUUCGAGAUAUUCAGCAAAGCAAGGGACGUUACAGUGGGAAGAAGUAGAUCCUGUGAUGUUCGUUUGAAUGAACCAGAUAUCUCUACGGUGCAUGCAAUUUUGAGCAUCAUUGAUAUGGAAGUGGAUGGAACCACUCGACAUUUGAUCAAUAUUAUUGAUAAGAGUAGGAAUGGUACUUUUAUCAAUGGCAAUAGGUUGAUAAAAAAGGAUUAUCUUUUAAAGAACGGUGAUAAGAUUAUGUUUGGUAAAAGCUGUUCUUUUCUUUUCAAAUAUAAUUCAGAAUUUGUCGAUGUAGCUGAUCCCAUUUCACUUUCACAGCAGGCAAAUACUGAUGAUUCUGUAUUUAAAAAACCUUCUUCUGCUUUUACUAGUAGUCAAAAUGCUGCAAGAAAAUUAGCAAAAUUGAAAGUAAUCUCAUUCUUUGAUAGAUACACUCUGGGAAGAGAACUGGGUUCUGGUCAUUAUGCAAUCGUUAAAGAAGGUAAGAAUAAACAAACAGGUCAAACUGUGGCUGUCAAGAUAUUCCAUCCACAGCAAAAUGACGAUCAAAAGAAAAGUAAACAAUUUAGAGAAGAGACUAAUAUACUUAUGAGAAUUCAUCAUCCAAAUAUUGUUAACCUGUUGGAUAGUUUCGUAGAACCAAUAAGCAAACAACAAACACAAAAAUAUCUCGUGCUGGAAAAAAUCGACAAUGGUGAACUUUUCGAUAGAAUUGUCAAGAAGACUUGUCUCAGACAAGAUGAAACAAAAGCAAUUUUUACUCAAAUUUUACACGGUUUAAAGUAUCUUCACGGUCAAAACAUUAUUCAUAGAGACAUUAAACCUGAGAAUAUUUUACUAAACAUCACAAAAAGGACUUCCCCGGAUCAAAAACAAUUAGGGCCAUGGGAUGACGACGAAAUUGAUGUUCAAGUUAAAAUCGCUGAUUUUGGUCUAGCGAAAUUCACUGGAGAAAUGCAGUUUACAAACACUUUAUGUGGUACUCCGUCUUAUGUUGCCCCUGAAGUACUCAUCAAAAAAGGAUACACGUCAAAGGUUGAUAUGUGGAGUUCUGGCGUCAUUUUAUAUGUCUGUUUAUGUGGUUUCCCACCAUUUAGUGACCAGUUAGGUCCACCUGCAUUGAAAGAACAAAUUUUACAGGCCAAAUUCGCCUUUUAUACCCCUUAUUGGGACAAUAUAGAUGAUUCGAUUUUACAUUUGAUCUCCCAUUUGUUGGUUCUAGACCCUGAGCAACGGUACAGUGUUUCUGAUGCUUUCAACCAUCCAUGGCUAGUCGAUACCGACCAGAUAGUCUUACCUACAACAGAAUUGAAACGUCUACAGUUGAAUGACAACAAAUUAAUCAAAACAUAUUCUGAAUUAGCAUCGUCCUCAUGA